AUGAACCGACCAAGCGGGCAAGCAGUCAUUGGAUCUGAUGGACAACGGAGAUCAGACGCGCUGGCCUCACUACUGCACAAGAAGCGAGGAGGCACGGAUCUUUUCGUUGCGAGCACAUACAAAGACAUUCUUGCCUUCAUCAGCCAGAGAGCGCUCAAACAUAAGGUCAUACGUCUCGGUGCCAAAGUCACGCAUGUAAUCUCCAAGAACUCCAAGGAAACUGCCGCAGGCUCGCGCACCACCAUCAAGACUGAUGACGGCGAAGAAGCCGCAUUUGAUGAAGUGGUUGUUACUUGUCCUCUGGGGUGGCUCAAGGUGAAUGCUCAAAAAGUAUUCACUCCAGCUCUGCACCCACGAUUACUCCAGGCGAUUAAUAAUAUCAAGUAUGUAACCGAUGUCUCUCCCACAGAAGAAUCACACAAUCUUACACCUUUGCACAGCUAUGGUUGCCUAGAUAAGAUAUACCUUACUUUUCCGGAGGCAUUCUGGCUAAAAGGUGGCUGUCCGGUCUUCACUCAUUUCCAUAACCCAGAUUACGUUUCUCACGCGUCAGAUGCACCCUGUAAUGCGGUUAUAAUUUCUCUGGCUCACUUACCGAGGGGCACUGCUCAUCCCACGCUUAUGUUCUACAUCUACGGGCCCUGCUCAGCUCAGCUUCUCAAAUAUCUCGAACAUCUCGGUUUGCAAUCAGAUGCAUAUAAUAAAUGCGUCGAUGCAUUCGCACAGCCACACUACUCUCGGAUGCCGAAUUACUAUAAAGAGAACGCCUCAUGCAGACCAGUCUCGUGCAUGUGCACAGCGUGGCAGCGUGAUCCACUUGCGGGGAAUGGAUCAUAUACUCAUUUCCGGAAAGGUGUAACUAACGCGGCUGAGGAUGUGGAAGUUAUGCGUAACUCUGCUGGUCUCGGUGAGAGUAAGGGGAUCUGGAUAGCGGGAGAACAUACGGCGCCAACCGGGUUGAUAGCGACAACGACAGGGGCAUAUAUCAGCGGGCAACGUAUUGCUAGAAAAAUCUGUGACAAGUGGAGUAUUGGUGGGACUGUCAAUACGGUGCUCAAAACUUCCAGGAUUUAG